AUGGCAGAUUCUUUCUUCGGGUUCGAUACUUCGGUAUCGAACUUAAAUGACGAUGAAGGAGGCGGGGAGCCAUCGGAGGAUGAAUAUGAUGCCCUUAAUGACGAAACCUUUGGCCAAGGUUCUGAUGAAUUUGACUGGGAGGUGGAGCAUGAACAACUGGCUGAGCAGUUGGAGAGCAGCCGCCGACACAAUUCCGGUAUCGAUGACAUCGCCAAGACGGAACUUGAAGCAUCAUUAUCCCAGCUAGUGUUAGAUGAGACGGACUCGCCACACUUACGGUCCUUCAGUUCCAGUGUCUGGCGUCAUGAUCCUCAAACAUUUCCUGUUCCACCAGCGCCGCUGGUUUCGAGUCUCAAGAAUGUGUGUACUGUGGAGGAAUUGGAGCGCCAGUUGCGGCAGAAACAACAACAGCAAAACUUCAACAACCAAAAUUAUUUCCAACAGCCAAGAUUUCCACCUGUUAUACUGCAGAGACCACCUGGUCUUCAAGCACCGGUACCGUUACCUUUUGCUCCACAGCAAACCAUGAACCACGGUCUCGGUCAAAUGAACCAACCGCUGAACAAACUUAUGAACCAGAUGACCCAUCAAAAUAACAUAAGUCAUAACACUCCUUUUUUUAAAAAUAAUCAAUUUCAAAACAACCAAAUGGGUCCAGGAAAUAUGAUGAACCAACUUACACAGAACAUAUCAGUUCAUCAGAUGGCUCAAAAUAGCCAAAUGAUGGGUCACAAUAACCAAAUGGUAGGUCAGAAUAACCAAAUGGUGGGUCAGAAUAACCAAAUCGUGGGUCAGAAUAACCAAAUCGUGGGUCAGAACAUUAACAUCCAAGGACAGUCAUUACCUAUGAACGCAUUAGGACAAACAAAUAACAUGAGUCAAAAUAUGAAUCACAUAGGCCCUAAUGUGAACCAAAUGGGUCGACCUAUGGAUCAAAUGAACCACUCGAUGAAUCCUAUCGGUCGUAAUAUUGACCAAAUGAAUCAAAGUAUGAAUCAAAUUGCCCAGAAUAGCAACCAAAUGGGUCAGAAUGUUAAUCAAAUGGGUCAAAAUGUCAAUCCAAUCAAUCAGAUUAAUCAGAUGAUACCGAACGGGAACCCAUUUCCACCGAACAUCAACCAAUAUCAGCAUAUGAUGGGCCAAGGGGCUAGAAUGAUUGUUCCACCUCCAGGCAUCAACAUGCCCAGGCAGAAUUUUAACCCCAAUAUGGGACAGUAUAACACUAAUUAUCGAACGCCAUCGAUGCCCAUAAAACAAGACCAGCCAAUAAAUCCAACGAACUUGGUGCAGUUGAUACAGAAUACACAUCCGAUGCUUCAGUUUAAUAAUAUGAAUAGUUUUCACAAUGCCAACCAUCAUCCGAUGUUGCAGAAUAACAGGAAUAUAUACACCAAUAGUCAGUUUAAUCAUCCGAUGUUUAAUCAAAGGCAUAACGGGACCUUUAACAAUAGACAUUCGAUGAAUGGCGAUGACACAAACGGUAGCGACGGCGACGAAUAUGCGGGUCUCAUGACUCAGCGAGAAAAACAAUGGCUCAUCAACAUCCAGAUGCUACAACUCAACACGGGGACGCCUUAUAUACAUGACUUCUAUUAUACGGUGUUCUUAGAGAGACAAGCCAGUAAAGAGAAGGAAGGUAUCAAAGAAGCACACAAAGCCAAUCAACAGAACCAUCCAUUCUACAGCGGAGGUGUAAAACAAGAGAGUCACACACAUCGGGAGAGACACAACUCAAAUCGGCACAACUCGACAAGUGAAGACAGCGGUACUCCACGAACAUACGUACCGACACAGUUUGAAAAUUCACUUGGGAAAUUACAAUGCGGCAGUGUGACGGCCCCCAGGAAAAUAAUUGACGUGGAAGUGGUGGGGAACGAGACCGCCCCCUCCAGGAUGUCACGGGCCUCCAGUGUAGCCAGCACCACGCACCCGCAGGAGAUCCCUAGAGAGAUGAAGCGGACAAAACAGUUACUCCUUGACAUAGAAGCAUUAUACUUGAUCUUACUGAGGUUGGAGGAACUGAACGAUCCUCUGGCGAUAUCUAAUGCGUUAAUAUUGAAGGAAAGAGAAGAGAAACAGAAGCAGCUAGAAGCGGCGCAGAAGGAAGCGGAGAACGAACAACAGGAUGUAUCAAACCUGUUCCUUAAGAACAUUGAGUCGGUGCAGCGGAGGCCCAAGCAGGACAGUCCGAAGAAUGAGAAUAUUGAUAAAAGACAGGUUGUGAACCUGGCUGUGAAUCAGAAGCCAGCGCCAGUAAAAAACCUUCUAGACGAGGAUAAAGAUGAUCUGUUGAAUAAAAUGUUCGCGGGUCUUUUGCAUAGUGACCGGUUGCAGCAAAUUCUUUCUGUUAGGAAAGGGAAGGCGCUGGUGGCGCGCUUCGUGCCGCGCGUGUGCGGCGGCCACUUGCGCCUGCGCACGCUGUGGGCGCGUCUCCUGCGCGCGCUGCCCGCCGCCGCGCGACGCGACGCCAAGGGGCUCGCCCCGCUCGCGCCGCACUACCGGAGUUACAUUCAAAACACAACUGGCUGGUCGCCCAUAUUGGAAUCGUGUAGUAUGUUAGCGGAGGCCUUCGACCCAGCAAGAACACCCUACGCCCUCACCACCUCUUUUACCUUAAGCUGCGUCUGCGCAUUAAUAGAAAAGGCGUCACUACUAGUGAACACACCUGAAGCUACCUCUAACGAGCGACAGUGGUCAAAGUUCCUCAAAACCCUCGCCAGGGCUCUUAAAAACACGAAUCUGGUGGUAGCCAGGCCACUGCAGCCAAUGUCAGAGACGAAGUUAAUGCAUCACAUCAAGCAAUUGGAGUCUAGAAGUACAAUUGAAAUAUUACAAAGGGGAAAGUCCGCGGAAUUUGCGGAUUUAACCAAAACGGAUGUAUCGGAACAACUUGUAAAACAUCUGUGUUGA